CCCCCCUUCCUCUCUCCCCCUUCCUCUCUCCCCCUUCCUCUCUCCCCCUCCCUCCCCCCAUCUCUCCCCCUCCCCCUCUCACCCGCUGGUGUUCAGGAUGAGUGGUUUGGUGUUGGCGGUGGACGUGGUGGUGGUGUUCGUGCUGGCUGUGUUGGUGUUGUGGCGAUACGCUGACUUUAGCCGGCAGCACCGGUUGGUGACGGUGGCCACGCUGCUGGCCUGGUACCUCUGCUUCCUCAUCGUCAUCAUCCUGCCGCUCGACGUCACCACGACCAUUUACAGACAAUGCAUCGUGGACAACAGGAAGCUGUCCCCCACCGUGGCCCCCAACUCCACACAGCCCCCCACGGGCAUCUCCAGCAACACCUCACCCAGCAGUGCGGGUUUGCAGCUGUUUCCGGAGUGUGUGAGGCCGUGGAGCUACAUCCCCGACGGUAUUCUGCCCGUCUUCUGGCGAGUGGUCUACUGGACGUCACAGUUCCUCACCUGGAUCUUGCUGCCCUUCAUGCAGUCGUAUGCUCGGUCUGGAGCGUUCUCCAUGGCGGGCAAGGUGCGCACGGCUCUGAUCGAGAACGCCAUCUACUACGGCACCUACCUGCUCAUCUUCGGCAGCCUGCUCAUCUAUGUGGCUGUACACCCCGGCCUGCGGCUAGGCUGGUACCAGUUGCAGAUGAUCGGGAUCACAGCAGCCAACACGUGGGGCCUGUUCCUGUUGGUGCUGCUGCUGGGCUAUGGGCUGGUGGAGUUGCCGCGCUGGCACUGGACAGCUGCCCACUCUGGCCACACGCUGGCCCGCACUCACUUCAAAGCUGCCAAGCUGCUGACCGAGAGAGUGGAGGCUCAGGAGGAGCUCGACGACCUGAUGGAGGAGGUGAGGAAACUGAACGAGACGGUGAAGUACAACCACCCCCAGCGGAAAAACAUCGACACCAUCCUCCGCAAGUGCCCUGUGGAGUACCAGGAGCAGAUGGGCAGGAGCAUGGAUGACUACGAGGACUUUGAGGAACGUGGAGGUUGCCCCAGUGAGCGCAGCCUGGCGCGGCUGCACAAGCAGGUGAUCCGUGCUGCCCAGCGCUAUGGCCGUGUGUCGGUACAGUGGACACUGCUGCUGGAACAGGUCUUCUAUCUGGAGGACGUGGCCCGUAACCAGGACAACGCCACCUCCCACUUUGUACACAGUUUCCCCCCCACACAGCCCCGAGGAUGGUUCAGCCGCUACCUCUACACCCCUUGCGUAGAGUGGUACUGGCAGUGCCGGCUGCGGUGUUGGUGCCACCGUGCCCUGGCGCUGGUGCUGGCAGCGUUCUCAGUGCUGGUGGUCUGGUCCGAAUGCACCUUCUUCAGCACCAGCCCCGUAUUGUCCAUCUUCGCCAUCUUCAUCCGCUCUGCCGAGAACAGCCGCAACUACCUGCAUGUACAGAUGGGCUGCCUGCUGGCGUUGUUGUUCCUCAGCACGUGUGUGUACUGGACUGUGUUCCGUAUCCGUGUCUUCAACUACUACUACCUGGCCCCACACCACCAGACCGAUGCCUACAGCUUGCUCUUCAGCGGCAUGCUGUUCUGCAGACUGACCCCCCCGCUCUGCCUCAACUUCCUGGGCCUGAUCCACAUGGACUCCGCCAUCUCACACCAGGCCCACGAGCAGGCUGCCUACACCUCGAUCAUGGGCUCGAUGCGGGUGAUCUCGUUCAUCGCUGAUGGCUUCUACAUCUACUACCCCAUGCUGGUGCUCAUCCUGUGUAUCGCCACCUACUUCAGCCUCGGCACCCGCUGCCUCAAUCUCCUCGGCUUCCAGCAGUUCAUGGGGGACAACGAGAUGACCUCUGACCUGGUGGAUGAGGGCAAGGAACUGAUCAAAAGAGAGAAGAGGAAACGGCAACGGCAGGAGGACGGGGAGACACGGCGCCGGGAGUGGAAGGAACGUUACGGGAACCAGAGCAUCGAGCCCAUCAGGAACCGUGGCCCCCCCGAGCCCCCAGAACCCAGCCCCCUCCCCCCACGCGCUCCCCGGGACACGGACAGUUCGGAGCUUCUCCAAGACGUGGAAUCUCUCGACUUCAGGGCCGACCCCGUCGAGCCCAGCUCCGAACACGGCAGGUACCAGCCGGCCGGGAGAUAUCUCUCUAUGUCACGCAGCAGGAUCUUCGAUGAUGUCUGAGUUUGGGACGUGGUGAGGAGGCAGCAGGGGAAGGGGGCAGCCCCCGACCAUCCCACCCCCGACCAUCCCCUCACCCUGUUCACUCCUCCACCCCCCUCCUCUCCUGCUCGCCCACCACAGUCGGAGCCAGGGGGGGGAAGGGGCCCUGUGCCUGAUUCUGAAGUUGGCAGCUCUGCCCUGAGUUUCUGUGGUGCCCCCCCCCCCCCAGGUGAGGGUGCAUGGUGCCCCCCCCCCCCCCCCCCCCCAGGUGAGGGUGCAUGGUGCCUGUGCUGUGAUUGCUCUCUCUGUCUCUCUGUCUGUCUGUCGAUCUCUGAUGUAAAGAAUCACUGUAAUUUAUUGCCUGUAAUAAAUGAUUGCCCAGGUCUG